AGCAUCCUUAGCCUUCUUCUCUUCUUGCGACUAUGGCCACACAUUCAGCUCUUGCCGUCUCCAGAGUCCCCGUCAAACCGAGGCUGCAGUCUAAGAGUGCCAUUCACUCUUUCCCAGCUCAAUGUUCCUCCAAGAGGCUAGAAGUGGCUGCAUUCUCCGGCCUGCGAGUCAGCAAUAACGGUGGGGAAGCAUCUUUCUUUGAUGCCAUAGCUGCACAAAUCACCCCCAAGGCUGUGGAAACAUCCACUCCUGUUAGAGGAGAGACAGUGGCAAAACUGAAGGUUGCCAUUAAUGGGUUUGGAAGGAUUGGUAGGAACUUCCUCAGGUGUUGGCACGGCCGCAAGGACUCUCCUCUCGAAGUUGUUGUGCUUAACGACAGUGGUGGUGUCAAGAACGCAUCCCACUUGCUCAAGUAUGACUCCAUGCUUGGAACCUUCAAGGCCGAUGUGAAAAUAGUCGACAAUGAAACUAUCAGCGUUGAUGGCAAGCUCAUCAAAGUCGUCUCAAACAGAGAUCCUCUUAAGCUUCCAUGGGCUGAGCUUGGCAUUGACAUUGUCAUCGAGGGAACAGGAGUGUUUGUUGAUGGGCCAGGAGCAGGGAAGCACAUUCAAGCUGGAGCCUCGAAAGUGAUCAUCACAGCACCAGCUAAAGGCGCUGAUAUCCCAACCUAUGUUGUGGGAGUCAAUGAGCGAGACUAUUCUCAUGAUGUUGCUAACAUCAUUAGCAAUGCAUCUUGCACCACCAACUGUUUGGCUCCCUUUGCGAAAGUUUUGGAUGAAGAAUUUGGAAUCGUCAAGGGGACAAUGACAACGACACACUCUUACACCGGAGACCAAAGGCUCCUAGAUGCAUCACACAGGGACCUAAGGCGUGCAAGAGCUGCAGCACUGAACAUUGUACCUACUAGCACAGGUGCCGCAAAGGCCGUGUCGUUGGUGCUUCCCCAGCUGAAGGGUAAACUCAACGGCAUUGCACUCCGUGUGCCGACCCCAAACGUCUCUGUGGUUGAUCUUGUUAUAAACGUUGAGAAAAAAGGUUUGACAGCUGAAGACGUUAACGAGGCCUUCAGAAAAGCGGCCGCUGGACCGCUCAAGGGAAUUUUAGACGUGUGCGACACGCCACUUGUCUCUUGUGACUUCAGGUGCUCUGAUGUCUCAACCACCAUUGACUCUUCCCUCACAAUGGUCAUGGGUGAUGAUAUGGUCAAGGUGGUCGCCUGGUACGACAACGAGUGGGGUUACAGCCAAAGAGUGGUGGAUUUGGCUCACCUAGUGGCUGCCAAGUGGCCGGGAGAGGUAGCUGCUGGAAGCGGAGACCCUUUGGAAGAUUUCUGUAAGACAAACCCAGCCGAUGAGGAAUGCAAAGUCUAUGAAUGAUUUCGAUCCUUUUCUCCAAACUGUCUCGAGCACUUUGUUUAAUUUUCCAGCGACAAUUUAUCGAAAUCAUACAAUUCGUACCUCUUAAACUCUAUCAUGUAUUUCGUUUUCUUCUUUUUACUAUUAUAUCGAAAGGCAUAGUAUGUAAUACCCAUUCCUUUUCAUUGCCGCAUAUGCGAUCUCGAGGAUACUAUAAUUUCAAUGUUAUGUGCGAA